CUGUUUUGUAUGAAGUUUUAUACCACUUUUCUGUAUGCUCAGGUUACACCAGCAGGGGGCGCCCUAUCACAAAGACCAUAAACUUCCAUUUAGCUUUUAAAACAAAACCACUAAUACACUAGACAAAAUAGUUAACGAGAAAAUCACAAAUUUUUGCUAUGAUGACAAUUUCUGAUAGAUGUUGAUUACGCUAAGAAAUGUUUAAUUUUAGUAAAUGAUUUCCAUAAAAUCUAGCAGGAUAUUUUAUCUGCAUAGCUUCAAAUGACAAAAAGAAAAACACAAAAGUGUAUGACGUACAUUCUAUAUAUUUAACUACAAACACAUUUUGAGGCUUUCAAAGUUAGUUUGUUUUGAUUUCCAGUACUCUUCUUGAAAAUUGCAGAGUGGUUGACAUAUGUAACUUCUUUAAGUAAAAAAUAAUAAAAUAGCCUGACAAUAAAAUGAUUGCUAAAUAAAAGUACUAAUUGCUUUAGUAAAAUAGAAAGGAUAAAGGCUCAUAAUUAUAUAUUAUCACAAAAAGUGAAGAGAUUUUAUUUUUUUCUAUGCUGCAGGUCAGGGCCCACCUUUGGGUGUUCCUCUGUGGUCUCCUCCCAUUUGGAGACACUUGGACCCAUCAGAGGUGAGCAGGACCCUCCAGACCAGUAGACUCAAACAGGAGGCUUAGAGGCUGGAUCACCAGGAACCCGCUUAUGCUGCUAUGAUGAUGAAGCAUUGGACCUGGAGCCUCCUGUACUGCACAGCCCUGCUGCUGUCAGAUGUUGUGCAGGCCACAUACCACCUCAGGUCCGGGGAUCCUCAGCUUAUAGCUGCGCAGAGUUAUGCUCAGGCCAGACACAACGCUCGACCACCAUUCAGGACCCUGAAUCCAACAAAUCACAGAAGUGAUUACACGUUUAGAGGAGGGUAUCACUACCGCUUCCAGCCACCGAGGAUCCCUCCGCCGAUAGUGUAUCGACCAAUUCCCCUGUCUCCGCCCGUGACUUACCAAAGAUCCCUGGUUCCUGUUCCGCCCUUUCAGCACAGGUUCAAAGGGCCGGUGGCACCAAACAUGCAUCACACACACAAAGGUCCAUAUCCACCAGUUCUUCCCUCUCAUCCCCUCCAUACAGUCAAAGGCCCCUUCCAUUACAAACUGAGAGCCCCAUGCCCGACUCAGUCCACCUCGGUGCCAAAACCUGUGGUACUUGUCCGUCCCACCAUCUUUCCCACCACACCAGAGCCAACAACUGCAUCUACAGUGGCACCAGUGACCUCCAUUGUGACCACUGUUCCGCCGCUGGAGACCCCCAAUCCUUGGACUCUACCGGUCAGUACCCAAAGCGGCUUCGCCACCACCGUCACUCCUGUGGAGACAGAAGAAGACGCUCAAUGCAGGAGCCGUCCCCUGGACCUGGUCUUCAUCAUCGACAGCUCUCGCAGCGUCCGUCCAGCCGAGUUCGAGAAGGUCAGGAUGUUCCUUGCCAACAUGGUGGACACCCUGGAUGUGGGACCGGAUGCCACCAGAGUGGCCAUUGUCAACUACGCCAGCACAGUCAAGAUCGAGUUCUUCCUCAAAAACUAUUUUAACAAACUGGACUUGAAGAAGGCCAUCGCUCGCAUUCAGCCCUUGGCCACAGGAACCAUGACCGGCUUGGCCAUUAAGACGGCGAUGAAUGAAGCCUUCACGGAGCAGUCUGGAGCCCGCCCUCGCUCCAGGAACAUCUCCAAGGUGGCAAUCAUCGUAACGGACGGUCGACCUCAGGACCAGGUGGAGGAGGUGUCUGCUGAAGCUCGGGCCUCGGGCGUUGAGAUGUACGCCGUUGGGGUGGACCGUGCGGACAUGCGCUCCCUGCAGCUGAUGGCCAGCGUCCCUCUGGACGAUCACGUCUUCUACGUGGAGACUUACGGCGUCAUCGAGAAGCUCACCUCCAAGUUCAGGGAGACGCUGUGUGGUGUGGACCCGUGUGCCAUGGGACACGACUGCCAACACACGUGUGUCAGCACCAACGCCUCCUAUCACUGCAAGUGCUGGAAUGGUUAUGUCUUGAAUCCGGACAAGAAAACAUGUUCCAUGAAACGUGUGGACCCGUGUGCCAUGGGACACGACUGCCAACACACGUGUGUCAGCACCAACGCCUCCUAUCACUGCAAGUGCUGGAAUGGUUAUGUCUUGAAUCCGGACAAGAAAACAUGUUCUCGGAAAAGUGUGGACCCGUGUGCCAUGGGACACGACUGCCAACACACGUGUGUCAGCACCAACGCCUCCUAUCACUGCAAGUGCUGGAAUGGUUAUGUCUUGAAUCCGGACAAGAAAACAUGUUCCAUUAAACGUGUGGACCCGUGUGCCAUGGGACACGACUGCCAACACACGUGUGUCAGCACCAACGCCUCCUAUCACUGCAAGUGCUGGAAUGGUUAUGUCUUGAAUCCGGACAAGAAAACAUGUUCCCUGAAACAGGUGAAGGUGGAGGUGCUGGAGGAUCCCUGCAAAUGUGAGGCCAGGGUGGCCUUUCAGAAGCAGACUCAGGCGGCCAUCCAGCAGCUCACAGCCAACCUAGCUGACGUGUCCGGAAGAAUACAGCGUCUUGAGGGCGUGCUGGGCCAAGCCUGAAGCUUCACACGGCAGCGUCCGUGGACCACUGCACCACGCGUUUCCUGUCUGGGCCCCCCCCCAUGACCACCAGCACCUCACUGUAUAGUUUCAACUGGAGCAGCAACUCAUUGCCACAUUUCCAGCAACUUCAUUUGAAAAAAACAAUGAGUACUAUAUAAAAGACACAAAUGGAGUAGACUAUAGUAGACUCCAUAAAAUAAAGUAAUAUUUUUGUUCAACUUUAAAACAUGACUAACACUUAUUUACUUUAUGAAUCUAAUUUGAUAGAAAUGAAAAAACUAUUAUUUUUCAUCUUUCUUGUACAAAGAUUAUUAUAAACUGUACAUAGGACAUUACGCGUCCACCGAAAAAAUGUCUUUAGGUGAUGUAACACGGUAACAUGUUAGAUUUAAUAUUGUAAUGCUAGAUAAAGAUGAGAAAUUAUUACAUGCUGUAUCUUCAAAUAUUUGACUCUCCACAAACAAUAAAGUUUUAAUACCUUGA